CAGCUGACCAGAAAAAAGCACCUAACUCAUCGAAUCGUUCAAGGAGUACAUGUCUCUCUCUCUCCUUUGGUAGAUUUAAGUGUGAAGUACGCUUUGGCAUCAUCCAAGACCGACAAUGUAUCGUUGGUCAUCGCUGAGCAAAUCCAUUCUUGGUCAUCCCCAAAGGCUGCUAAAGGAGUGUCGAAGGGCCUUGCAUGAGGUGGAAAAACUUGAUUUGGUGGGCGACAAGUAUCGACAAGAGUUCCAAAAAUCGAUCCAGAACCCAGAGGAGUAUUGGGGAGAGAUUUCCCAGAAUAUCAUCUGGACCAAACCAUGGACCAAGGUCUUGGACGAUGCCAAUUCUCCGUUCACGAAAUGGUUUCCUGGUGGACGAUUAAGUUUAUGCUACAAUGCUCUGGAUCGACAUGUGGAUGAGGGGCGAGGAAAUAGAGAUGCUCUUAUCUGGGAUAGUCCCAUCACCGGAAACAAGGACACAUACUCAUUUUUGAGGCUUCAAAAAGAAGUAUCCUCCCUGGCGGCCAUUCUCAGUGGCUUGGGAGUUCAAAAAGGAGAUCGAACCUUGAUCUACAUGCCCAUGAUUCCUCAAACUGUGGUAGCCAUGCUGGCAUCCGCUCGUCUUGGAGCUCCACACUCUGUGGUUUUUGGAGGAUUCGCUGCCAAAGAGCUUUCGACUCGUAUUCGACAUUGUCAACCCAAAGCCAUUCUUUGCGCAAGUUGUGGAGUGGAACCCUCUCGAACCAUUGAAUACAAACCCAUCAUUGACGAGGCUUUGAGACUGGCCAACGCACCCGAUAUCCCGGUUGUUGUGUACCAAAGGCCUGAUUUGGCCCAAUCCGUGUUGAAACCAAACGAUUUGAAUUGGGACCAAGAGCUGAGCAAAGGCCAAUCUCACGAUUGUGUCGAGGUGGAUUCGGAUGAUCCGCUUUAUAUCCUCUACACAAGCGGAACAACAGGUACUCCCAAAGGGGUUCAGCAUCCAACAGGAGGCCAUGCCGUGGUCAAUAAAUGGACUAUGAAUGCCCUUUAUGGAAUGAGCCCGGAUGAGGUUUGGUGGGCAGCCUCGGAUUUUGGCUGGAUCGUUGGACACGAAUACAUCUGCUAUUCUCCUCUCUUGAAUGGCAAUACCUCGAUCAUUUACGAAGGAAAACCAGUCGGAACGCCAGAUGCGGGCCAAUUCUUCAGAGUGAUUUCGGAGCACAACGUGAGCGGCCUUUUUACUGCCCCCACGGCCUUGAGGGCCAUCAAGCGAGUGGAUCAUGAUAUCCUCGAUGGAAAACAAUACGACAUUUCCAGUCUCAAAUAUCUUUUUGUGGCUGGCGAGCACUGCGAUCAUGACACCCGCCUUUGGUGCGCCCAAAAUUUCAAGGUCCCGAUCUUGGAUCAUUGGUGGCAAACUGAGACGGCACACGCCAUUACAGCCACUUGUGUGGGACUGGGUAAUGGCCUUUACCCACCCAAGGACGUCACUGGCCUACCUGUGCCAGGCUUUAAUGUGAAAGUCUUGAAUGAGAGCGGUGAAGAGGCCAAAGCUGAGGAAUUGGGGCGAAUUGUGUGUAAGCUUCCUAUGCCACCUGGAACAUUUUCUACCCUGUAUCAAGCUGAGAGCAAAUUCGAGGAAACCUACUUCACCAAGUACCCGGGCUAUUAUGAUACUAUGGACGCAGGGAUGCAAGAUGAGCACGGCUAUGUGAAAGUGUUGGCCAGGGAUGACGACGUCAUUAAUGUGGCCGGACAUCGCCUGUCGACUUCGGCCAUUGAGGAGGCCAUCGAGGAGCAUGAGGAUGUGGAGGAAGCAGUGGUCAUUGGCGUCCCUGACGAGUUGAAGGGUCAAGUCCCGUUGGCCCUCUUCAUUAUGAGAAAAGAUGGACACAAAACGGCCAAGGAAAUCUCGUCGGAAAUUGUGCAAAUGGUUCGAUUGUCGAUCGGACCCGUGGCCGCUUUCAAACUUUCCGUUGCCGUGACGGCACUGCCGAGAACGCGAUCGGGCAAAACGGCUCGAAAAUCAAUUGCUGAUCUAGCUCAAGGCAAACACGUCAAGAUCCCACCCACCAUCGAGGACGCUUUGGUUUAUGAGCCUAUUCUGGAAAUAUUAAGGAACAUUGGCUUUGCCAAGAACGCCAGUGUCGAGAUAUGAACAGAACAUGUUUAUUCUUCCUUACAGAACGUUUACCAUGAUGAGAUUGUACUUGAGUGUACAAUAGAGCUUGGGGCGUGGUCUAUUGAAAA